CGGAGGAGAGGGAGAGUGAGGAGGGGGGAGAGAGGGAACGAGGCAGGCAGAGGGGAGGGAAGAAGGGAGGAGGGAGCCCACGCUCUGAGAAACAUCACUCCAUCUCUCUCACUCCACGGGAGCUGAGCAAGGAGCAGAACGAUGUUUGACAACACACAGUACCCCUAUAACUGCUUUAAUUACGAUGGCGAUGAUUACCCCACCUGUAGUUCUGAUGAAGAGAAGAAAUUCACCAGACCAGCGUACAGCUACAUUGCCCUAAUUGCAAUGGCCAUCCAGCAAAGUCCUUCAAAUAAAGUCACCCUCUCUGGCAUUUAUGACUUCAUAAUGAAGAAAUUUCCUUACUACAGAUCAAAUCAAAGAGCCUGGCAGAACUCCAUCCGACAUAACUUGUCACUGAACAGUUGUUUUGUAAAGGUUCCCAGAACAGAAGGGAAUGAGAAGGGGAAAGGAAACUAUUGGAGCUUUGCAACGGGAUGCGAAUCCAUGCUGGAUCUCUUUGAAAAUGGGAAUUACCGGAGAAGACGGAGGAGGAGGAACAUGAAAAAGGAACAUAAAGAGCAGAGAUCAAGCAGAGGGAAAGGGUCUUCGUCCCCUGAUACAUCUCCUACGGACUUUGCUUUAAACAGCACUUCCUCUUCUGAAAGCAUACAUGAAAGAAUUGGCUCAGAACCAAGACUACUGGAGCCUCGUGGGUUUGCUCCAAACAGCACGGCCAGCAGGCAGAGCCUGAGCAGUUCCUCCCUAGCAAAAUCAGAUUCUGAAAUAAAAUUCAGCAUCGAUUACAUUCUUUCAGCCCCUGACCCCUUGCCUGUCCUGAGAUCUCAGUAUAGUAUGCAAGAAAACAAAUAUCACCUACUGGAGGCCCAGCAGAUCAAUCUCCAGCUCUGGACCAUGUAAAGUUAUUUAUCCGUGGUAACAAAGUCCAGGCUGCAGUGCAGCCUGACAUCACUGACAUCAGCCGCCCGCACCCUCCUCCUCCCGAGCAGCGCUCAGACAGGGCUGCCCCUUCCCCAGCUGCCCUCUGCCUGUACCCAGAGAGCUGUGCUGUGGCUGAAGUAGAGAGAACUGUCACCGAUAGCGGUUUUCGCCACGCUGAAAUUCAUCAUAUCCUCGCUUUGUUUUCUGAACUAUCCCGGCCACCAUCUGCCAUCACAGAGUUUCCUUUCUCACGCAGAAUCUGACAGAAGAGACUUGCUCCUCGCUCAGUGCUUUCUUAGAGACAAAGUGAAUUUGAUUCCACUUUCACUGGUGGAAAUUAAGGUUAAUUCCACUGAAAAGUAUAGCUCAGCUCUCGAGCUGAUCUGCAACAGCGUAAUUCUGCCGAUUCACGCUGGCUAAGAAUGGGGAGGGGGGAUUUGUUUCCUUACAACGAAUCCCAGGAAAUCACUCUGUCUUCUCUGAAUUUUGAUUUUAGCAUCAUGUCCCAAACUGUUGUGUACUAUGCAGCUUUAAUCCAUUGUUAUUUAGUAAACAUAGCUAUUAAUACAUGUUUAAGGUAUUUUUUGUUGCUAUUCAGAGCAGAAUUGUUCAAACUGUAGAAGCUGUGUUCAGACUAACCCCACGAACACUGGUUGCAAGGCUGUUCCAUUCCGGUGGACACCCAUGGAUGAUGUGACAGAGACAUAGGGUCUCCUCAUGCCUUGAUUUAAGAACAGAAAUACCCCUCUCCCUUUGUACCACCAGAAAUUGUCUCCAGAUGCUGCAGGAAAGCCCUUGGCCACAUUUUGUUCAGCAAGUACAAAGCGAGACCUGGGUUUGCAAGAAGCUGUAUUCUGUGUCAGCCGAAGUCAGAAUCCCACCUACCUGCUCUGAGACAAGCUGUAUAUUCCUACUAAAAAGGUUUUUAUUGAUUCUUCUUGCUAGCAAUUGACAAAGUGGUGGUACCUGAUGGGAUUUCAGGAAAGCUGGUGAGAUGAAUCAUGAACAUGGAGCCACGUUAGCUCCUGGUCUCCGUUCCUAACGAAAGCCGUUCCAGCACCAUUUACACACUGCGGGAUGUUUUGGAACAGAACCUGAAGGACAAUGCUGAACUCCGUGGAGCAUUUAAGAACCUGUUUUUAUGUAACUUGUUCAUGAGAAAUCGCUUCCCAGUACCUAACGGCAGCGUCAGCAGAGAUGCUGCAAAGCCUUGGUUUUGGCUUGGCAACUAGAAACAUGGCCUAAGGAAGGCAAAAAAAUACAGACCAGGACUCUGGUGGUUUUAAGCAGCUAUGCAGAGAUAAAGUUAUCUCUGCAACAUGAGCUAAAUGAAAGUAUACGAGAUAAGAUUAAGCAAAUUGUUCUAGAGGUAUGCUCAGGCAUGACUUGAAUUUUUAUGCAGAAGCUUUGACAUUUCACUAAGUUAUUUUACAUUGUGUCUAAUAUAUAUUGUACAUUUAUACUAUAAAUUCUUAUAUAUUGUUAUUGAGAAAGGGAGCGCUAUUACUGCACUUAUAUGUUGUAAAAAUGCAUGAUGUAUGUUGCCGUGAUGCUGAAAGUCCUGCCGCGUGCUUACAAUUCACCAUCAGCAGUAUUUCACACUGAUCGGUAAUAAAUGCUUGUUUUUUUUGGGAAAACUAGA